AUGCCUUCCAUGGCAUCUUCCUCCUUCCUCCAGCUGUUGCUUCUUGCAAUCACUGCCACUCUUUCAGCCGCGCUGCAAAACAGCUCCAGUCACGAGGGCUGCAUUCAUUUGCCAGUCAUUCAUUCAACAAACCCCGAGGUCUUUUCCAAGCGAGCGAUUGCCGUGCAAUUGGCGAACCGGUCAGAUGUCGCCUACUAUGCGAAGCUGGAGAUAGGUACCCCUCCGCAACCCGUCUACGUUCAAUUGGACACCGGUUCCUUCGAGCUUUGGGUCAAUCCGACUUGCACGAAUCUGGGGCUUGCAGAUGCGAGGUUUUGCGAGGCGAUAGGUUUCUAUGACACUGCACAGUCAUCGACGGUGGAGUCUCUGGGUACAACGAAAACGCUAAGAUAUGGAAUUGGGGAGGCAAAUAUCACCUAUGUGAAGGACGACAUUAGCCUACCGGGAGCCACGAGCCCUAUGAAGGCGGUGCAAUUCGGUGUUGCAACAUCUUCCGAGUCACAGUUUGCCGGUAUUCUCGGAAUCGGUUACGGACUUGGCUUGACAACUCGUUACCGAAACUUUGUUGACGAACUAGCUGCCCAGAACCAGACGAAGGUCAAGGCGUUCUCCUUAGCCCUGGGUGGAAAGGAUGAGCAAGAGGGUGUUAUUGUAUUCGGAGGAGUCGACACCUCAAAAUUUGCUGGAUCACUUGCGCAGCUGCCAAUCGUCGAUGCCGACAAAUCGCCGGAUGGAGUACCACGUUACUGGGUUUCGAUGGAGAGCAUGGCGCUGUCGGCUCCUAGUGCUGAGGCCAAGGUAUACACGAACAGCAGCUACGAUGUGUUCCUCGACAGUGGCGCUACUUUAACAUUACUACCUGAGACGCUCGCGAGUGAAAUCGCAGCAGACUUCGGAGCAACAGGGAUGGAUGCUAACGGCUUCUACCCGGUGGACUGCGGCAUUGUCGAUGUAAACGGAACCCUAGAUUUUGCUUUCAACGGAGUCACCAUCAAGGUGCCCUACAGUGAGCUGAUUAGGCAGUCGAACUCGAUCCCGCCAAAGUGCGUGCUGGGUAUCGUGCCCAGUUCAGACUUCACACUCCUGGGUGAUACCUUCCUGCGCUCAGCAUAUGCUGUCUUCGAUCUUGAGAACCACAUGGUGUACAUGCAGCAGUACACAAAUUGUGGCUCGACCCCUGCUGCGUUAGCGGACUCAUCCGCUCUCACUUCUCUAGUCGUGCUCACGAAGCUGCUGUGGUUCCCGGCGCUUGGCCUUGAUUCGUCAUCCGACUUGAUGAUUAGUAAGUAA